AUUUAUUUCCUUCUUAUUCUCAUUCGGUUCAAUCGCGGAUAGUUUUUGGCCCGGUUCGCAUUCGGCAAUAUUAUGUCAGGGGUAAUAAUUCGCCCGAUUUCAGGGAAUGCAAGCAGCUAGCGUCAUCGUCGAAAACCAGAGUCUCUUUCGGGAUGUAGGCAGGUUCGGGUCCAGUGCACCACAUUCCAUAAUAAGCUGUGCGUACUCCCGUUUUUACUUCCAAUCCUCUUGUGCUGGUGUGUUCGUCAAAACUGGGAGCGGGAACGGCCUGCCUUUUUUCUUCCGUCAUCUCCGUAGACCCUCAUCAAUACCUACUGUGGUUUCACUUGGGUCUUCAGGUCACUGAACCAAGCCUCACUCACCCUUUCAACCUCAGAGUCGUAGAACGCGCAGGAGAAAGGAGUAAUUAUUAUGGCACCAUCCAGUUUCACGGGCAUUUUCAGCCCCCGCAAGGAACGACACCACACGACGCAAAACAGCUUCACAGGCAUGUUCAAAGACUCCUUCUCCCUAUCCACGAUAUUCGCCAUGGGCGCCCUCGGCCAGACGGCGCUCAUGCUGGCCCUGCCCGCGCGCUACGCGCUGCUCCCCACGGCCGCGUUCCUCGUGCACGCCAUGGCGUCCACGGCCCUCGCCCUGCAGAGCGGCGACACCGUGCUAUCCGACGUCGUCCCGGGCCGGACCUCGGCGGUCCUCCCGCGCGAAAGUUACGACCCCCACAGCAGCGACAGCAACAGCAACAGAAACAGCAACACCCCGUUCCCCUCGCGCCCCGGUACGACCGGCGUCGUGGUCAUGCACCUGGGCGUGCGGCUAAACCACCCGCUCGGGGUGCUGGCGCCGGGCGCGCGCGAGAUGGGCGAGCACUUUGUCGCGUGCAACGCCAAGGUGCUCGCGCGCGCGCGCGAUUUCGGCUGCCUCGGGACCAGCCCGUGGCGGGCUGACGGCGCAGGACCCAACAACACGCUGCUGUCCGUGUACUACUUCCGCACAGUCGAGGGCCUGCACGCGUUCGCGCGCGACCCUGUGCACCGCGCCGCGUGGGACUGGUACAACAGCAGCGUGGCCAAGCGCCUCGGCUACACGCGCAUCGGCAUCUUCCACGAGAUCUUCUACGCGGCCCCCGGCGCCCACGAGUCUGUCUAUGUCAACAUGCCGCCCACCCUGAUCGGCGCCGCGAGCGCCGUUGUUCGCAACAACACUACGGGCGAGGACGAGUGGGUUAGUCCCCUGGUCAAGGGCGCGAGUGGGUCGGCUCUGAGGAGCAUGUAUUCGCGCAUGGGACGAGAGAAAGAGGACGCCGAGCCUGCUUCUUGAGUGCUUGACGGCUUUACUUUUGUUGCCAGCGUGAUUUGGGGAUACUAGAGUGACUAUUUUGAGAUUUUUAGACGACUUGAAUAAACUCUGAUAUAAGUGUAAGCAGUAUAGCGGGAACUAUUCAUCUCAACUCCAUAAUCAUUAAUUAAAAUAAGCUACCUGACCAGUCAGGAAGGGGUCAGCUGAACGGAUGCCUCCGGCGGCGCCCAGGCGGGCUGUCCUCGCUUCGCUCGAAGGAAUGGGUUGCUGAGCCAU